UAACACAUUUUUAUAAGUUAGAAAUAGUUCUUUUCACUAAUAGCAAAAUAUCUAACACCCACUAAAUUUGGAAAACAAAUGAAGAACUGGUGAGAACACUGUGCUGGUCCGAUUUCCAAGGGAACGGAAUUCAUGAUGCAUGUCGAUAUAAACAUUGCAGGCAGCUGGGAGGGAACUCAAGAACUCGUGCUUUGCAAAAUUUUGCAUGAUGUCUUGCAGGCGGCAUUUGGUUGAACUGUUUUACGAUGUUCUGUCCCCAUAUAGCUAUAUUUCUUUUAAGUUACUGAAUCAAUGCAGCAUGCAGUGGAAAAGUAUGGAUCUUCAGUUACGUCCGGUUCUUGUAGGCGGGAUAUUCAAGGAGAUUGGAAAUCAGGCUCCUCGCAUACUUCCUAUCAGGGGAAAGUACAUGUUUGAAGAUCUUGACCGAAUAUCUGGAUACUAUCGCAUUCCGUUCAAACUUCCGAAAAACAUAGAACAGGAUUUCUUUGCGAAAGGUUCUGUUAAAGCUCAGCGUCUGUUGACUUAUGUACAGGAGGAAUCACCGGAACUAUUGAACGGAAUUUCAGAUGAGAUUUUCAAAAGAAUCUGGGUUGAUAAUGUUGACAUAUCUGAGAAUAAAAGCUUACAAGAAGCGUGUGAAGCAGCUGGAUUGUCCUCCACAGAAUCUUCCAAUGCUUUGAAUGAAAUAAAUCAUCAAUCUGUCAAGGAAGGGCUGAAGAAAGCUACUUCAUAUGCUAUUGAGUGCGGAGUGUUUGGCACUCCUACCUAUAUUUUACACAGAAAUGGAAAGAAGGACAUGUUGUUUGGAACUGAUAGAAUCUUCCUUCUUGCUCAUUAUUUGAAUGAGCCUUGGCCAGUAUUCCCAUAUGAUGAAUAAUGACAGAAAAUAACUGAUUUCUCCAAGUCUAUUGAUAAAUAUGCAUAAGGGACCUUCAAUAGUAUAAGUAGGCAUUCUGUUCAUAUUGUGCAUAGCUUAUUGCUGACGUAUCUACAUAAAAAUACAGAUUGGAAAUCUUCUUGAAAAUAAACUAUUUUCUCAUCUUCGAUUCGAUUGGCUGGUCUAUUAUCCACAUAACAAACUACAGAUAUCUCCUGUCACCUCUUUAACAAUUAACUCUAAAUUUAUUGUUUGCAACACAGUAUUUCAUUAAUGCUGUUGUUUAAAUGUAUAACACCUCUGUUUGAUGUGCCUAAACCACUGCCAUCUUAAGAUGUGAUCUAUUGAAGAUUCAUGCCGUUUUUCACUGUAAAAUAAGGGCCAUUCCAAGCAAAAGUUGAAUUCCCUCAAUUUUUCAAAAAGUGUAGUGAAAGUAAUUUUAUUUUAUUUUUGAUAUCAAAAGACAUUGGAAUUUUAUUGGACUGCAUUCAUUUCAUCGA